GUUACUUCUACGAUUUCAGGACUGUCGAAGAAUGAGCCUUGGUUAACGAGUGUGGAUUCCUCCGUUGAAAAUGGCUGCAGAUCCUUCGGGCAGCAAAACCUGGGAGCUUUCGCUGUAUGAAUUGCAUCGCACUCCUCAAGAAGCUGUCACGGACAACACGGAAAUCGCCGUGUCUCCGAGAUGUCUCCACAACGAGCUGAUGUGUCCAAUAUGCCUUGAGCUGCUCAAGAGCACAAUGACUACCAAGGAAUGUCUGCAUCGGUUUUGUCAAGAGUGCAUCAUCACUGCGCUGCGUUCAGGAAACAAGGAAUGCCCGACUUGUCGCAAAAAGCUCGUAUCCAAACGUUCUCUUCGCCCGGAUCCCAAUUUCGAUGAUCUUAUUGCGAAGAUUUAUCCCAGUCGUGACGAAUACGAAGCUCAGCAAGAGAAAGUCCUGGCAACGUUGAGCAAAAGCUGCAGUCAAGCCGCGCUCGUCAGUUCCAUCGAAGAAGGAAUGAAGCUCCAGGCACAAAAUAAACCUCAGCGUUCCAGAAAGACCAAUCCGACUCAAGGACCCGAUGACAACGGAACUCCGAUUCCCAGUGCGCCGUCUACUCCUCCAGAACCAUCAACCCUCUCAACCAAAAAGCGACAGAAGUUCCCUUCGGAAAAUGAAUCUUGUUCAAAUUCCGAAAGUUCCUACGCCGAUGCCAGUGCUGAAACGGAUUCUGCGCAGGGUCGCGAUCAAGAAUUCGAUUUGGAGUUGAAGCCACAUCCUGACGAACCCAUUCGUGACUUGAAGUACAUCAAAGCUCCUGGUGUUGCCUCAGUGGAGCACAUCAGCACGUACCUCGCGCUUCGUGGUACUUUGGACUGGGGCUUUUCCGGAGAUGGUCCGGGAAGUUCGAAGCCUGGACACUUUGCCAUCUACAUUCCUCUACCUUCAGGUGGAUACUCGUUGCUGAAUUCUUCCUGGAGCCUGAAAGACGUUCACGAACGACAUUGGCGUCAGAACAAACCGAUCGAACUCUUCUUUUUGUGGAAACGAUCCCAGUAACCACAUGUUCAACUAUUUACGGAGGCAUGUCCCUAAAAGAUUGUGAAUAAACAAUUAUGUAUGUUUAUUUUACA